CUACUAUCUCUAUUCGGGAGACAGUCGCUGGCCAAACGCGACGCAACUGCGAAUGCAGGCGGACGAUCUCGGUCGGUCGGUGUCCAACUAUAUAAAAAUAAACCGAAACCGAAAGCAAGAAGAAGCCAUCCGAGCAGGCUGUGCCAAAAAAUUUCAAAAUUAGAGUACAUAUAGUGAUGUGCGGUCGUUUUGCAUUGUAAAUAAUUUGUUAAGCCAGUGACGGGCUACAAGAAAUAAGAGAAAAAUAAUAAAAAAAAAAAAAUAUUACAAAUAUUAACCAAAACAUGUCUGCAUUGAGUGUGGGACGUAAGGGCAGCGGCCAGCUGGAGGUUAUGCAAAAGGCUGGCUGGAAGAUCGAUGAGAAUGAGAAAGCCUGCUAUAUUGAUGUGGAUGAAGAUGAUGAUGAUACGGACGUUGGAUUGGAUGAUUCCAAGCGUGUCUACUCCAAAUGGUGCUACCUGCCCGACCUGAUACUUGAGGAAAUCUUCACUUACCUUAGUCCCAAAGAGAGAUACUACGCAGGAUUGGUUUGCCGGCAAUGGUAUCGCGCCUUUUACUUGCCCACGGUUUGGAACAACUUUGUGGUGGAUGAUCGCACCCUUACCCGACCGAAGUACAACUACUACUCCGGCUGGCAGUACUGCUUGGAUCACAUGCGUACCCAGAACUGUCUGGCGAGGAUUGGAAAAUAUUUGAGGGGAAUUGAGUUUCGGCCCUGGCACAGCUUCAACAAUAUUUAUCAGUUUAUGACCCUAUUAUCAUGGAGCAUGGACAAGGGCACAGAACAGAAUGCCUCACCGGAACUAGUGGGCAUGGGUCGUCGUAUCCGCUCGCUGGUCUACCACUUUCCUUGCAACAUGUCGCAGCCAAACGAUCCCGAAGGUAUCAAGCUCUUUGGCACUGGAGGCCAACUGCUCAAAGGUCUAAAGGAGCUGCUCCUUCGGCUCACAGAUCUGCACACUCUAAAACUUGUGGACUUUGUGCUGGAACGCUUUGAGGCCAAUCACUUGCUCGACGAGGUCGUCUGCAGCUGCUGCACCAAGAUGAGAGUCUUGAACCUCGUAAAUGUAACCACCACGCACUGUCCCAUCAUGCAUGUGGGUUUGUUCCUAAAUUUGCAGGUGCUCACCAUUUCCCCCCAGAACAUAGAUGAUGACGUCCUGUCCCUGCUGGCGGACACCAAGCUGCGUCAUUUGUAUUUGCUGCAAAACUGCUAUACUCCAAGCCACCUGACCAUAAGUGCCUGCGGGGUAAAAGCCUGGCGCAGUCUGAAAAAGACGAAUCCACGCAUGCGCGUCCACCUGCGGCUAGAGAAUCUGGCGGAUGGCGAGGUGGUGCUGCAGCCCGAGGCACCUGUCCACAGUAUCACGUACUGGGCCCCGCAGGCCCGGAUACGGGCCGACCUGCUUGUGCGAAUGGUGGACCACUACCGCAACACCCUGGCCGUCUAUGGCCAUGAGCUUCUGCCGCGCUUCUCCAGCCCCAAGCCGUUUCACAACCGCGUUGACAGCCUGAUGCUGCUCCUGUGCCGGCAGUGCUUUAAUCUGGACACACUGAUAAUCCGCGAGAAAGUCUCCACCUCGACGCUCUUGCUGAUCGCCCGAACUGCCAAGAAUCUGCAGCAUCUUUACGUGCGACGCUUUGCUGUGAUUCUACGGUGCGAUUGGCCCAGGCAUCCGGAGUGGAGCGAUGAAUUCUAUGCAUGGUUGAAGCGGAAUUCCCGAUCCUACGAGGCUGUGGAGCGAGAGAUCUCACAGAUUCUAAAGGAAAGGUGGCGGCUGCUCAGCGAUCGGGAUUUUAAGCAGCUGACUGUGAAUGUGAAAUCGGGAAUCUAGAAAUUGAAAUUUCUAUAUAUAGUACUCCCUUCCUUGUGGGACUUGUGAUAAAAGGUGUAGAGCUUUAACGAAUUAACCAAAGUUUACAGUACGAAAUAAAGCAAAUUGUUUUCGAUAUUUUAA